UUUGUUCUCGUAUCAAGAUUAAGCACGUACGUGAGGUAGAGCCGAGUUGACACAUUUUCCAAGAUCCCAAUUUCUAAUCAGGAAUUGAAGGCAACAAGACAUCUAUCAGGAAUUGAAGCUAACAACUCCACUGUAGUGCAAGGAGACAAUUCUAUAACGGCUCCAAAUUCCAAUCUCCAAUAAUUCCAAAACGUUUUGACAGAUCUUGUGCUCGGAAGACCUCCGCUAGGGGGCGCUAGUGAGACCUGUAACUUGUGGCACUUGUAAAAGUGUAGCCGUGCCUACAAGUUGUCGCGCAUUGUUGGAGCUCUCCGAAACUAACUCACUUGCGUUGAUAAAGAAAAGCAGCGUGCGCUCGAGUGGUCUCUGAGCAAGUUGGCUCUUAUCUGAACUUCAAUCUGCACCGACAGUGCUUAGUUGAGCAGUUUGAACACACAGUGCUAGCGGAAACAAUUAUUACCAGCAUUCCAAAAAUCUAUCGAAUUUUGAUAAAAUGUUUAUGCAUCGUUUCCACCGUGUCGACCGUUCCGAUGGAAGGCGGAUUUAUCUCAGGCCAUCCUACACUUUGUCCUCCCAAACCGGCCCCAAAAGUAGCGGAACUUUGAAAGAAAAUCCCCCUACUGAUAGUGAUACGCAGGUGUAUGUGAAGGAUUUCCCAGAAAAGUUUACAGCCUCGGAGCUGCGUAACCUGUUCAUGAGGUUUGGCUGCAUCACCAGCCAUCGCAUCAUCAUGCGGGAUGGCAAGAGUCGCGGCUUUGGCUUUGUCAACUUCAAGCUCGAAGAAGAUGCGGUGAAAGCGGUGGCGGAUCUGCACGGCAAGCACCAGUUUCCGAACGGGAAACGUCUUCACGCGACGGUGGUGCAGAAAAAUGUGCUGUACGUUAAGCAUCUUCCGGAAGAUGUAACAUGGAAGCAGCUGCUCCAGCUGUUCGCGACGCAGGGCAGCGUCAAGUACGCGAACUUGGUAAUGGACGAGCGCGGCAUCGACCGGGGCUACCCGUCGGGCAUGGCCACCGUCUGCUUCCACAAGUCCGAACAUGCCGCUCUUGCGAUCGCGAACCUAAAUGGUGCCCGCGUGCUAGGGAAUCGUCUAACGGUGGAAUACGUGAAAACGAAGAGCGAACUGCGGAAGGAAAAGUUUGACAUCUACUUUAAAUCAGAUGAUUCGUCCACCAGUGCAACCACACUGAACGAUGUGUCUCCCCUUCCUCUCGUUCCGACGUCGGACGAUGCCGCACGCGAGAAACAAUCGUUUGCCAUCCGGUUGAGUACGGCUGUGCGAGGCGUUUUUCCAGAGAAACGUGAACAGAUCGUACAACUACUGCUCGAGUUUGAUAAUGCGCAGCUGUCCUUGAUGCUGGACCAGCCGAAUUUGCUUAAGCAGAAGGUAGAGGCCGCCGAACGCCUUAUUGCAAAGGUAGAGUCAGCGUCAAUUGCGCGACUACGGCUUCUGUAAGAGUUUGGGUUCUAAUGGGGACGUAUAUGAGGGGUAGAAUUAGUUUAUCAUUCGUUAUCCAAUGUGGCUCUAGAAUGCUUUCUCGCAAGCAUGGACCAAGCCCAUUCUGCCUGUUCACACUUCUAGUUCAUUGUAUUUAAUCAUUUAACAGAUAACAUAUUUCACAAAAUCCAAUAACUUGCUGCAGGCCUAUCUUAUUUAGCUUUAGUUGUACAUUCUUUGCUUUACCAUGUGAAAUAGCAAAUGUUUGGCUUUUAUUUA